ACAUCUGAUAAGGAAGGCGAUUCCGCUAUGAUGAAAAAGCUUGUUAAGGAGCUAAAGGAUGAUAGUAUCAAUCAAGAAUUGUCAUCCCCCACCCAGUCACCCGAAGACAGUUAUACUCAUCUCUAUAAAGAAAUCGUUAAAGCCGAAACUCAAAAUGAUUCUGCUAGUCAAAGG